CCGUGUGGUGCCGAGGCCUUUUGUGUUGCUCGCGGAAGCCGCCUUGACCUCGAGCAACUCCGGUCCCGUGUUUGCCCUUCUGACUGGUCACGUUCCGGGGUGACUUUGAAUUUCCAGUGAAAGAUAAAGCGAAACUGAAAAUUCGUCCUUGAGGGGGAAAAAAGUCCAACUGUCGUAAGAAAAAGAGUUGGAGUUGUAGCGGCCAAGAGAAGGGUGUUGUGAAGAGGCCACGAAAGCUGAAAAGCAAGAGAUAUUCUCCGUCCAGGGAGAGUAAUGAAAGCCGCGGCCGAGAUGAAAGGGAACGAGGAGUGAGAAAGCCGUGGACUGAAGCUGCCUCCACCAACGCAUCUAUGAAUCUAAUACUCGUCACUCGUCCGACGUCGUAGCCAUGAAAUAAAAACACGCAGUCAACGUCAAUCCGAUUAGAAUUAAUUUUGUUUUUGUUCGCGUAAAAUAUAUGAUGGUUUGAUGUUAUUGCUUUUUUCAAAGAAAAGCGUGAUGGAUUUAACUAAUUUGUUUUUAGUUGGGCAGCUAAGCCACAAUAGUGCGUUUUCGCUCGUACAGUACGUAUCUGUACGUCACUCCUGAAAAUUCGAGGGAGUUCCACGUAGCUCGUUCGAAAAGAACCAAAAGGGAGAAGGGGAAGAAAGGAACAAAGAAAAUCGUCCUUAAAGAAAUAGACAUUCGCCACUUAACUCCGCAGAACGCCAUCUGUCAUGGAGAGGCACAAAUGCAAGUGAUGAAAAGCAAACUCGGCAGACAGCAAGCGCGCCCUUCGGAGAUGGACUCAUGCCUCACAGUUCCCGUCUCGCUCCAUCUCGCUGCCAGGUGAGAUAAUGAGAAAGCUACACCAGGCGAAAUAUAAUUUCAAGGCAAAGAGAAGAAGAAGAGCAGCCAAGGUCAGAGUCUCCACGGUAAUGACAAAGGUAGCGAUGUAGCACUGUCUUGACCCGAGCACGCACUAUCAACGUAAAAGACUUUAGCUCUUUGGUACAUCAUAUAGAUCGCAUCUACUUCACUGCAUCCACACUCCGCUUGUCGCUAGUUUUAGUGUAUCCCACAGAACAUUUCUAGAAAGAAGCAUAGGCCUACCGUAAGGGGAGAUCCACCUCACAAGGCACGCGCGCCGCAGAGACGAGAGAGCCGCACCGCGACCGCACAUCGAAGAAGCCGCAAGUCUCGGAGCCGAGGAGGUCAGGCUGCAACAUGCGCGGGAUCCUCUUGCUAGCUGACCUCAAGAGGCUGCUGACCCCGCACAUGCGCUGAGGGUGAAAUGAAGAAGCAAAACGUACGUACGCUCUCCCUGAUCGUCAUCACCCUGACCUAUCUGCUUGUGGGAGCGGCCGUGUUCGACGCCCUCGAGUCGGAGCACGAGAGCAGGAAGUCGCAGGCUCUCGCAAAAAUCGAGAAGAAAUUGAUCGAGAAAUACAGCAUUGAACACAACGACUACCUCCUGCUGGAGACCAUCGUGUUAUCUGAAGUUCCCUACAAGGCCGAGCAACAGUGGAAGUUCGUUGGGGCUUUCUACUACGCCACUACGGUCCUCACUACGAUCG